GCGUGCUUUCAGAACAAAAUUGUUGUCACCGUCUCUCUCUCUCUCUCUCUCUCUCUCUCUCUCCUCCUCCAGGUUAAGGUAUGCUUUUCUUUAGAACUGGUUAGGGUUUUGGUUUUGGUUUUGGUUUGAAAUGAUUCGUUUUUUCCUUCUUCAUUCACGGAAGAGAACACAAUUACAAUCGAUGGCAGGAAAACUACGGCAGAAACACAGUUAAUCACCAAACACGAAGCUAAUCAAACCCAUAAGCAAACUAUGGGUAACCCAGAACUCCCAAUCCACUUAGUAAUCGAAAUCCUCUCAAGGCUCCCAGUCAAAACCCUCCUCGAUUUCCGCCGCGUUUGCAAGGGCUGGCUCUCUGUCAUCUCUGACCCUUAUUUCGCCAAUCUCCAUCUCUAUAAAUCACAGCCCAGUCUCUUGCUCGCACCCUUCAAACCAGUCGGUAGUCGCGAAUCGUGGAAACUUAACUUGGUUGACCUCGAUGUCAAUCCCUCCAGUCCUAGUAAUGACCCUGUGGAAUUGGUCACCACAAUCAACCUCCCAAAGGGGCCCCUCCCAUAUAACGUAGUUAACUCCUGCAAUGGAUUGCUGUGCUUGUUUGCUCCGUGCACCGAUUCCCCGAUUAGCAUAUAUAAUCCUCUUUUAGGCGAAUUAGUUACACUCCCUGGAUGUCCAAGCGGCUGCCCAAUUUUAAGCUUCUUUGAUGUUGCUUUUGGUUAUAGUCCAAUGACUGAUCAGUAUAAAGUAGUACGGUCCUUUUAUGGAAAGGGUCGGCUAACAUGUGAAACCGAGAUAUACACACUUGGUGAAGGGUCAUGGAGAAGCAUGGGGAAAAUCCCCUGCAUGGUUCGUAACACCUCAUUUAAUGCAUUCCUUGAUGGAUCGCUUCACUGGAUUUCUGAUGCGUUUAGUGUAGACUUCAUUUAUUGUCUCGACUUUGGAAGUGAACAAUUUCGGUCAGUUCCUGUACCUUCUAAGUUUGGUCUGGCUAAGAAAGAGUGCUGGGAUAUGAAUGUGGUAGUGCUUCGAGACUGUCUCUCUAUAUGUGAUUUAAGCGAGCCUGGUCAUUCUGAAGUAUGGGUGAUGAAGGAUUAUGGGGUCAAGGAAUCUUGGAGUAAAGACUUUGUCAUUGAUACUAUGAUGAUUGACGGGACUUGCUUGUAUUAUGAGCCAAUAAUGGUUCUGGAGGAUGGACAAAUCUUGCUAUUUGAAGAUGAAACGUAUUCUAUUUUGCUUUAUGAGCCCGGAUCGAAUUGCCUGAGGAAUGUUCGUACUUUGGGAUUUAGUACAAGAUACUUCCUUGGGCGUGCUCAUGUCCCUAGCUUGCUUUCACUCAGGAAUGUUGCAGAAGGAGAAAAUUUUAAGAAACUCAGCUGAUGAACGGAUUACAGUGGUGCUUCGAAAGAGUGAACUAUCCAUCUUGGUGUUGUCAUGCAAUCGCUUUUUUGAUCAAGUUAGGAGAACCAGCAUCGUAACUUCUGUGUAUUUGUUUCCUUUGGACUUAUGUAUGGUUCUCUUGGUCUGUUUCUCUGUUCUGUAACUCAUGUUUUUGUUGGAUCUCUGUUCAAACUUAUGGGCCAACUUCACUUUGAUCUCCUAUAAGUUGGACUCAGUAUGGAUUGGUGUCUCGAUAUUUCAAAACUAGCACACAAACUUCAUAUAGGAAUUGGACUAAAUUGCUCGAUUAGAUCUGUUAAUGGUCAACGGAACAAGUUUAUAUAAUAUCUUUGUAAUAUGUUUUCUUC